AUGUCUUCUAUCGAGAUGAUGCUCACAGCCAAGCAGCCAGUUCAACACGGGUACCGGCCUGUCCAUGAUCUACCGACGCCGCCUCGAUCCUCGCCCCCCUUGAGUGUUCAGGACUCUUUACAGAAGUCGUUUGUAGCUCUCCCGCAGAAUCAGAGCCCAUCUACCAAGCCCAUGUCAGCACCUCAUCGUGGCCUGCCUCUCCCGGCAGCCAUGACACUAGCUCAACCGCCGCCGCCGGCUCCUGGUCCACCUCACCAACCAGCUCCGGGACCACCUUUACAUUCUCAGGGAGCGCCAGCUCCUUCUCCGCAUAACCAGGCACUUGGUUCGUUACCAGCGCCUCCUCAACAUCAGGGCUCUGAAGACGCAAUGAGAAGCUGGUUGGCGGCUAAAACUGAAGAAGAGAAGAGGAAACAGGAAGAAGAAAAGACGCGGCAGGAAACGUUACGUUUGGAACAGAGAAAACUGGAGUAUAACAUGCUCCAAACGUCUUUAGAUCGGGGUAUACCACCGCCGAUGGUGCCAGUUGUUUUCGCAGGAAUGAGUGGCGGAACGCUACCGCAGGUGGCCCUCGAAUGGGCGCAACAGUAUUUGAUACCGCAGCAAGCGCACGCAGCGCAGAUUAUGCCAGCCCAGGGGGCUUUAUCGCCGGAGGCUCGAAGAGAGUCCCAACAGUACGGGGGGCAGCAGUAUGGUGUCCCGUCGACACCAGGGUCAGCGCCAGGUGCUCAAGCGAGUUUUGUUCCCUACCAAGGGCCUAGCUCACCAAGACACAGAGCGCAUACGUUAAGUAUGGGCGGAGCUAUAGGAAGGCCCCUGGGGAGUUCGGCUCUUCCGCGACUAAGUACAGGAGAAGGGGCUGUUGGACCUCCAGGAAUGUCUCACCCGGCACACGCGCUCGCACAGCAGCAGCAGCAACAACAGCAGCAACAACAACCGCAACAAGAUACUCAGUCGCCGUCGAUAUAUUUUCACCAUUGGCAACCCCCGACCACGCAAGGAGGCUCUAAUCAGCCAGGAACGCCUUCUGUAGAAUCGCCCAAGAAACGAAAAGCGACGGGUCCCCAGCAGGCGCCGCCUCCGCCGAGCCAAACGCGAUUCAGAUCUCCGCCUUUCGGUCAGCAUGGCGGAUCUUCGACAUUAUCAAAUCCGCCUCCCGGUCGACGGCGAGGUCAUUCGCGACAAAGAAGCGACGUCUCGUCUUACCGGUCUACGGGACGCGGACGAAUUGAACCAUUUGGUCCGCAUCGGGGACUUUCACCUGGCCUUGGCCCGUCAAGAGAAAGCGGGUUAGGCGAACCGUCGCAACAAUCUAGGAGCGGCGCACACACGGUUUCGUCGUUAUUAGCAGAUCAGCCUUCACCACGAUACGCGUCGGAAAUGAGAGCGCAGCAGAGCGAGCACGAGCGACGAAAUUCGCCGGCGACGUCGGAUGAAAGGUCGCGUGGUGGAGCGACAGGGAUGGGAUCAGGGGGACCCGGACGAGAAAAUGAUUAAAGGACAUGCGUGUUAUGGUUAUUGGAAGUCCGUCCGUAUUUCAGCCUCUGGGGGCGGGUUCUAAGGACAACAAUUCUUUUUUUUAACCAAUCUCUGGAAGCGUGAGCCCUACUCUCACGACAAUAUCGAUUUGUUGCUCAAGAUUAUCAUGGGACAAUAUUUUUUUUAGUGCGCUAUG